ACCAGAAGAGCUGAAGAGCAACAAAUGCAUCUCCUUUUAGUCUUUGUUUUGACUUUUACGCUUUCUACACAGGGGUAUAACUAUGGUGAUGCUAAUGCUGAUGCAGAAUAUAUAGAAAAUGGCGAUGCAACGAUGGCAAAAGUUAUGAAUGCAAUUGGUGAGAAAGGUCGGGAACAAGUAAUCAAUGCUUUGGAUGACUAUGAUCGUCAAAAAUUAAUGGAUUGUAUAGAAAGUGAGUGUGGAAUGGCUGAUUUCCUGGACGUCAUGCAGAAGAUGUUAACUGUUUUUAAAAGAAUAUCACAUGGUCAUAAACUGAUAUAUAAAUCGCUAAAGGCAUUCAUCAAACAUGGUCCUCUAGUUGAAUUCAUAAAUGAACUGAGUGAGGAACAUACAUUGAAAAUUAUUAAUGCUUUGAAUGCAGAAGAAAUUGGAAAAUUAAUGACUAUGGGUACAGAUCAAGUUAAUAUUUUUGAGUUAAUAUCAAUUGGAGAAAAGAUAAUACCUAUUAUCAAGAAAGCUAAUGGUGGCAAAGGACUGUCUAAACUGAUGAGUAUGUUCACUGAUGAUUUAGAUGGAAAAAUAAUUCUCCCUUACCAUCAUCCUGUCCACGGUGGACUUCACCCUGGAAUAUUUGUAUAUGUGCAAGGCACAGUGCCCAAAAAUAGUGACAGAUUUGAGAUAAACUUAGCCUCUAACCAGAAUGAUGGGGCCAACAUUGCUCUCCACUUCAAAAUUUACAUUGCUCAGAAGAAAACUGUACUCAACACGUUUCAGGCUGGCAGGUGGGGACGCCAAGAGAGUCAUCAGGUGCCCUUCAGAAAGGGCAAAGAUUUUGAGGUCAUCUUCAUUGUCACUGAGGCUGGAUACCAGAUCCUGGUGAACAAGAAGCCCUUCUGCACCUACAUGCAUAGAAUUCCACCACAAAGUGUGAAGGUCAUCCAUGUGAAAGGAGAUCUGGAGCUGAACUCUCUGACUGUGACAGAACCCACAACACAGAACAUGACUCUCCCUUACUAUCAUCUUGUCCCUGGUGGACUCCGCUCUGGAAUAUCUGUAUAUGUGCAAGGCACAGUGCCCAAAGACAGCAACAGAUCCUGGGUGUACUUCAAUGUGGACUUUGCAUGUGGCCAGCAUGAGGGGUUUGACAUUCCCCUCAACUUCAACCCUUGCUUUAAUGUGAACAAAGUUGAACUCAACACAUUUCAAGCUGGCAGGUGGGGACAUGAAGAGGGUCAUCAGAUGCCCUUCCGAAAAGGCGAGCAUUUCGAGAUCAUCUUCAUUGUCAAUGAAACCGGAUACCAGAUCCUAGUGAACAAAAAACCCUUCUGCACCUACAAGCAUAGAAUUCCGCCACAAAGCGUGAAGGUCAUCCAUGUGAAGGGAGAUCUGGAGCUGAACUCUCUGAAUGUGAUAGAACCAACAACGCAGAACAUGGCACUUCCUUAUCACCAAUCUGUCUCUGGUGGACUCCGACCUGGGAUGUCUGUAUAUGUGCAAGGUGCAGUACCCAAACACCCCAAAAGAUUUGAGGUGAACUUUGCCUGUGGGCAGCAUGAUGGGACCAACAUUGCCUUCCACUUCAAGAUUUACUUUAAUUGGCAGAAAACUGUGCUCAACACGUUUCAGGCUGGCAGGUGGGGACAUGAAGAGCAUCAUGAGAUCCCCUUCCAAAAAGGAGAGGAUUUUGAGGUCAUCUUCAUUGUCAAUGAGGCCAAAUACCAGAUCCUGGUGAACAAGAAGCCUUUCUGUAUCUACAUGCACAGAAUUCCACCACAAAAUGUGAAGGUUAUUAAUGUUAAGGGAGACAUGGAGCUGCAAUCUCUGAAUGUGACAGAAGGGCCAACGAAGGAGAACAUGCUGGUGCCCUACACAGGUGAUAUUCCUGGAGGUUUGGAAGCCAACAGGAACAUCACAGUGCGAGGCUCUAUUCCGAAGAAUGCGAAAAGGUUUCAAAUCAAUUUUAUGGCUGGCCAGGAUAUUGCUCUGCAGAUUAAUCCACGCCUGGAACAAAGAAUCGUGGUCCGUAACAGUUUUCUAUAUGGCAGGUGGGGACCCGAGGAAAGGAACUUGACCUUUAACCCUUUCCAACCUGGGCAGACCUUUGAGCUCUUGAUCCACUGUGACAACCACAAGUUCAAGGUUUACGCCAAUGGCCAACCUUUCUUCAACUAUGCCCAUCGUUAUGUCCCUAUUGAAGACAUCCACACUCUAGAGAUCAAUGGAGACGUGACUCUUUCCUACAUCAAGUACUAAGCAAUUGGGCAGGGGGAACAGAUCAGAAACAGCAGAGACCCCCCCCCCUUCUCUCUCUCUCUCUCUCAGUCUGCCAAUACACUUAAAAUCUUGCUGAUGUCAAGUGGUCUACAAGCUCCAGUCAGACAGUCAAUCAAUCAAUCAAUCAAUGAAUCAGAGAUUCAAGUGUAGUUGAGCAGCAUUUUUCAAUAAAGCAUCA